GUGGGACAAUUCUAUUGGCUGUUCUCCCAGAACCCGUAAAAAUGCCUCCAUCAAAUUGAAGACUCGCUACAUAUCCCAUUUUCCUAGGGUUUCCUCUACUUUCUCGUUCGUCGGUCGGUGAAUUUCCCGGAAAAAUCAAGGUUUUCCCGUCAAAAUCCCGACGACGAGUGUCCGUUCUCCCAUAACUCGCCCCUAAUUCUUCCCGACAUUGCUCUGCUGCUCGCAAACUAUCCGGCGCUGAUCCGUCAAUCUUCAGUGCUUGAUUCGUUGACUUUACCUCGUUGUUUCAGCUUGAGUUCUUCUGGCAUGGUCGGGACGGGGCUCUAAUUUGGUGCAGCUUUGGUUGAUUUUCUAUUGGAGUCGGAGAUUUUUGCGUUGUUUGUGCGUGAAGAUGACUAGUCAAGGCGGUUCGUCGAGAAAAAGCUUCAAUUUGUCGCACUCGUCGUUGCAGGGGAAGAAGAAAGCUGCCGAGAAUGGAAGUUCUGAUGCUUCGAAGAAGUCUUUUACAUCUUCUCGUUCCAUGGGACUAACUGGGGAGCGGACGGUAAAGAGACUGCGGCUGUCAAAGGCUCUGACGGUGCCUGAAAAUACAAGCAUCAAUGAGGCUUGCCGUCGAAUGGCUGCCCGUAGAGUUGAUGCUUUAUUGUUAACUGACUCUAACGCAUUACUAUGUGGAAUCCUUACAGACAAGGAUAUAGCUACUAGGGUUAUUGCUCGUGAGCUUCAUCUUGAUGAUACACCUGUGUCCAAAGUUAUGACAAGGAACCCAAUUUUUGUUCUCUCUGACACACUUGCUGUGGAAGCCUUGCAGAAGAUGGUGCAAGGAAAGUUUAGACAUUUGCCUGUUGUGGAGAAUGGAGAGGUAAUUGCUUUACUUGAUAUAGCUAAGUGUUUAUACGAUGCUAUUGCUCGUAUGGAAAGGGCAGCUGAAAAGGGAAAGGCAAUUGCAGCAGCUGUUGAAGGUGUUGAGAAACAUUGGGGGACAUCUAUAUCUGGUCCUAAUACAUUCAUUGAGACCCUUCGAGAGCGAAUGUUUAGACCUUCUUUGUCUACAAUCAUUCCUGAGAAUUCAAAGAUUGUAACAGUCUCACCAACGGACACUGUUCUAAUGGCAACAAAGAAGAUGCUAGAAUUUCGAUUAAGCUCUGCAGUUGUGACAGUUGAAAAUAAACCACAGGGAAUUUUAACUUCAAAAGAUAUCUUGAUGCGGGUGAUAGCACAAGGUCUUCCUCCAGAUUCUACUUUAACGGAGAAGGUUAUGACUCCAAAUCCAGAAUGUGCAACGGUUGAUACACCCAUCGUCGAUGCUUUGCACACCAUGCAUGAUGGGAAAUUUUUACAUCUUCCUGUAAUAGAUAGAGAUGGAAACAUAGUUGCCGUAGUUGAUGUGCUCCAUAUCACUCAUGCUGCUAUAGCUACAGUGGGAAGCACUGCCGGAGUAUCGAAUGAGACUGCCAGCACAAUGAUGCAAAAGUUUUGGGAUUCUGCCAUGGCAUUAGGAUCUUUAGAUGAUGACGAAGAGACGCGAAGUGAGGGUUCCUUGAAACUGGCUUCUGAAGGAACAGAGACAGGGAGAUCUCUUGCCUACCCUUCCUCAGGCUUGCCCAAUACUUUUGGUUUCAAAAUUGAGGAUAAGAAGGGCCGAAUGCAUAGAUUCAAUUGUGAUACACGAAGUUUGACAGAUCUCAUAACUGCAAUUCUUCAGAGGCUAGGGAAUGACAUUGACCGCAAUAAUCUGCCUCAAAUUUUGUAUGAAGAUGAAGAUCAUGAUAAAGUUGUACUCUCAUCGGACAGUGAUCUAGCAGCGGCUGUGGACCAUGCAAGAUUGGCUGGAUGGAAGGGCUUAAGACUGCAUCUGGAUUAUUCAGGAAGUGGCUGGACAAAGGAUUCCAGGUCGGGAAAUUUGGAUUAUGCUCAUCAAGAUGCAUGGGCUGCAGCAUACAGUGCAGUUGCAGCCGGGGCAGCCCUUGUUGCCGGUUUGGGUGUAUUAGCUUAUUUGAAGAGAUCCAGCUACUGAUAUUUUUACUCAUGAAAAUUUUCCGACAAUUGUAUAUGAUUUCUCCGAAAGCAGCAUAGUUUUCUCUGAAUGAAAAUGCCAUACCAAGAUUGGUUUUGUAGGGCAGAUCUUGUGCUGUUUGUCUGCUUUUGUACAAGUGUAUGUAUACAGGGGAAUUUUCAUUUUUGGGUUGCCUGCAAUUGCAUUUGUUUGCUCAUGUGAUGGAUUAGGCCAUGCAUUCCUUUUUGGGCUGGGUGCUUGGGGCCUCUUGAAUUCUGGACAUUUGUGUAUAGAAUAAACAAUCUGGUGCCAUAUCAAAUCUGCAGUUGAUUUUUAAUUCAACUCUGGAAUCCAUUUUGUUUUU